GGCUUAUUCUUGUAAUGGUACAUUUUGCACUCGCCAAUACUAACCAACCUUUAGUGGAAACUCCAACAAGGCAUUUUGAUUUAUCGUCACUUCAAAAGACUUUUUUCUGUAUAGGACCUGUUUGUUUAAGGAGCGGCUAUGGGUUAGGAAUAGGAAUCGGUUGUGGACUUGGUUUUGGUCGUGGAUUUGCGUUAAUGGACUUGUCUAGUCAAGGUAUUGGUAACACAAGCGGUAUUCCCACACAUUUCUUGUAUGGUUUGCCCUUUGGCCAUUACCUUUCUGGUUUCUUGCAGAAUAUAGCUCGCAGAUUCCCUGGAAGCUCAACAGGUAUUGGUUGUGGUUUCGGUUUGGGAUAUGGGGUUGGAAUUGGUCUACAAUAUGGAUCAGGGGGGAAAUUGUCCUUUGGAAGUAGAGGACACUUUAAUACCUUUGGGUCGAGCCCUUUAGGAAAUCAACCAAUUUCCUCCCAACAGAGCAACUCCUCCUCACAGAGUGAGAGUUUAGAAGAAAAACAGCGAAACGCUACGAAAUUGGAAGAGCUGGAAAAAAAGGUGAAGGGAAUAGAACAGAAACUGGAUAUAUAUUCCAAGUUAAGCGAGCUGGAGAGACGUAUGGAGUUGUUGGAAAAACAGAAGAAGCGCUAACUUUUACAGAAUUUGUACAUAUAAUAACGACGAAUAGGAUCGAAUGGCCAAAUAAUAAAGUCGUAUUCUGUAAAUGGAUCUACUCGAGUUGUUCUGUGCAUUGAUGACAAAGAAUUGCGCUUUUUUUUAAA